AUGGCUGCAUGGCUGUCCUGGAGAGUAAUGCUUAGGAAUGGCAGCAGGCUGCUGCCAUGUCCUAUUUCCAAGGUUCAGUUCUGUGCUAGAGGUGUGGGUAGGACCUCCUCUUCCACGGGGGCUCACUCUGCGUUCCAGGACAAGCCUCGAAGAAUGGAAGACCUCCCACAUGUCAGCUUAUUGGAGCUGCUUUACAGAAUGGUGUUUCAAGGUUUCUACAGUCGUCUACAUGAGCUACAGAUCUAUGAGAAGCGGUUAUAUGGGCCCAUAUACAAAAGUGGACUCAAGUCUGUGUCCGUGAACACCCCUCAGCUACUGGAGGAGCUCAUGAGGAUGGAUGAGAAGUUUCCUUCCAGAGGGGACAUGUCGCUGUGGACAGAGUACCGCGACAUGAGAGGACUCGGCCACGGGCCUUUCACAGAGGAGGGGGAAAGGUGGUACAACCUGAGGGUGCUCCUUAACAAGCGCAUGUUGCAUCCAAAGGACUCUGCGCAGUAUGCUGGUGUUAUCAAUGAGGUGGUUAGAGAUUUCACCAAAAGAAUCCAAUAUCUGCGCCAGUGCAGCCCGACGGGGGAUCUGGUCACCGACAUCGGCAAUGAGCUUUACCUGUUUUCACUUGAGGGUAUUGCCUCCAUCUUGUUUGAGACAAGGCUUGGAUGUCUGGAAAAGGAAAUCCCUGCAGGUACACAAGAUUUCAUCAAUGCCAUUGCCCAGAUGUUCUCCUAUAGUAUGGCUGUGGUUAUUACUCCUAAGUGGAGUCGCAAUCUACUGCCUUACUGGGGGCGCUACAUCGCUGGUUGGGAAGGCAUCUUCAGCUUUGCUAUAACGUUGAUCGACAAGAAGAUGGAGGUUAUUCAGGAGCGUGUCAACAACAACAAGGAUGUGGAGGGUGAAUAUCUGACAUACCUCCUGUCAAAUACUCAGAUGAGCACUAAAGACGUGUAUGCCAGCAUUGCGGAGCUUCUCUUAGCUGGAGUGGACACGACCUCCAACACCCUCACAUGGGCUUUGUACCAGCUGUCCAAGCACCCUCAAGUCCAAGACAGACUUUUUAAAGAAGUGUCCACAAUGGUACCAGCAGGGCAGGUCCCCACGGCUGCAGAGGUCACUCGUAUGCCAUAUUUACGGGCUGUUAUCAAAGAAACACUCAGGAUGUACCCUGUGGUUCCAAUGAAUGCAAGAAUCAUCACAGAAAGAUCUAUUUGUCUUGGUGGAUAUCAGUUUCCUAAGAAGACUGGUUUCACGUUAUGUCACUACGCUAUUAGUCACGAUGAAGACGCCUUUCCAGAGCCAUACACAUUUAAGCCUGAGAGAUGGCUCCGUGACGGCCGCGAGAGGCCAAAUCCCUUUGGCUCCAUUCCGUUUGGCUUUGGCGUGAGAGGCUGUGUUGGUCGUCGGAUUGCUGAACUGGAGAUGUAUCUGGUUCUGUUUCAGCUAAUUCGACAGUUUGAAAUCAAAGCAGACCCGAUGUUGGGAGAGCUGAAAAGCAUCAACCGCACCGUUCUGGUUCCAGACAAACAACUCAACCUGCACUUUGUGGACCGAGGAUGUGGAAACACAGCUUGACUUAAUGUUAUUGAUCAGUUUAAAUACGUUGCAAGCGAAUGAAGACCUGUUUGUAUGUUUUUGUGCUGAAAAUACACAUGUAUAACUGUUCAAUGUACCAGUACUUAUUAACAUACUGUUCUCUAAAACUGAUCAGCUAAAACAAACAAAAGAAGUGUCUGAACCAUGAAUCAACCACUAACUGUUCUGGUUUAGUGUCAGCUUGUGUCCAAACUGUCCUCCAUCAUACAGCUCACAUUUUGACACCAUCAAACCAAGACAACACCUGACACGUGACAAGCUAUUGAGACAUUUUUAUGUUGUGGUAUACUCACUGUUGUUAGCUCUUCUACCAAUAAACUGUUCAAGAU